CGAGUCCAGAAGCAUCUCUGGACUUGUGUGACCAGAAUAUUCCGCGACGCUUAUCUAUAUGCCAUCUCCAACCAUUGCAAAUAAUACGUAAAAUAUAUCCCCAAAAACAGAUAACGGAUCUGACAACAAUCGACCUGAAAUGCAAAACCUCUUAUAUGCCUACUUUUACGCGCAAUGUUGUGCGGAAGAUCAGGCCUGUGCCCUUGUGUUGCUGUCAGUUGUGACAGUUCCCAGAUGGGGCCUGCUACUGUAUGUGAGAUUGAGUUUCUCACAAAAAAAACUCCCUCUCCAUCCAAACCGUCCUCAAAAACCUUCUCCAGGCACAGGUCGGUGUGCCGGCUCCCAGGACAGAGGCUAUGUUGUCUUGUCGAAAAGCCAUGAGUGCUCGGCAUGAAAGGAAACCGCUCGGGGUCUCUGUAUAGCCGAGGACAUUAUCAGGGGAUGAGGAAUCGACACGGGCUGUUGGAACCCUGAUGGUAUUUCUUCCUAUUAGAGGUCGUGGAUAUAACGAACCUUAUCUGAUCCAUGCCAACCAAUCAACCAGUCAGAAGUGAAACAGUCCAACUGAAGACUAUGGGACCAUGGAGAUGGCGGCAAGACCACCAUUCUGUCCAUAAUAAUCAACUCGAAUAUGUAGGCUACAUAUUGUUUGAGAAAUUCAUUUCUGAGUUAAAGGGACAGUCUUCAGUUGAAACAAUUACAAAGUGGACACCCCGCCUCUGUAUUGGUACAAAAAAAAACGGAGGGAAGGGCCUGGAGAAAUGUAACCACUCUAAAAUGCAUAGAUAACGCAAUGGAUGCAAGGACUGACCACCCAAUAUAUCAAAGUAUGUUUUGUAGCUAAAUAUGUGUAUACCAAUACAAUUGGUUUUGGUUUGUUUGUUUGUUUACAUUUGCAAUGUUUACAAACAUUGGAGUAAAACAAGCUUAUAUUUUGGUUCUGAUGGGGUACGACAGUUGAACUUAGCUUAGCUUAUGUUAUAUUCUUCAAGAAUCAAUGGGCAACAGGUAUUCAUACUCCUUGACUUUUUAAACAUUUUGUUGUGUCUUCAGAAAGUCUUCAUACUCCUUGACUUUUUAAACAUUUUGUUGUGCCUUCAGAAAGUCUUCAUACUCCUUGACUUUUUACACAUUUUGUUGUACCUUCAGAAAGUCUUCAUACUCCUUGACUUUUUAUACAUUUUGUUGUGCCUUCAGAAAGUCUUCAUACUCCUUGACUUUUUAAACAUUUUGUUGUGCCUUCAGAAAGUCUUCAUACUCCUUGACUUUUUAAAAAUUUUGUUGUGUCUUCAGAAAGUCUUCAUACUCCUUGACUUUUUAAACAUUUUGUUGUGCCUUCAGAAAGUAUUCAUACUCCUUGACUUUUUAAACAUUUUGUUGUGCCUUCAGAAAGUCUUCAUACUCCUUGACUUUUUAAACAUUUUGUUGUGCCUUCAGAAAGUCUUCAUACCCCUUGACUUUUUAAACAUUUUGUUGUGCCUUCAGAAAGUCUUCAUACUCCUUGACUUUUUAAAAAUGUUGUUGUGUCUUCAGAAAGUCUUCAUACUCCUUGACUUUUUAAACAUUUUGUUGUGCCUUCAGAAAGUAUUCAUACUCCUUGACUUUUUAAACAUUUUGUUGUGCCUUCAGAAAGUCUUCAUACUCCUUGACUUUUUAAACAUUUUGUUGUGUCUUCAGAAAGUCUUCAUAAUCCUUGACUUUUUAAACAUUUUGUUGUGCCUUCAGAAAGUCUUCAUACCCCUUGACUUUUUAAACAUUUUGUUGUGCCUUCAGAAAGUCUUCAUACUCCUUGACUUUUUACACAUUUUGUUGUGUCUUCAGAAAGUCUUCAUACUCCUUGACUUUUUAAACAUUUUGUUGUGCCUUCAGAAAGUCUUCAUACUCCUUGACUUUUUACACAUUUUGUUGUGCCUUCAGAAAGUCUUCAUACUCCUUGACUUUUUAUACAUUUUGUUGUGCCUUCAGAAAGUCUUCAUACUCCUUGACUUUUUAUACAUUUUGUUGUGUCUUCAGAAAGUCUUCAUACUCCUUGACUUUUUAAACAUUUUGUUGUGUCUUCAGAAAGUCUUCAUACUCCUUGACUUUUUACACAUUUUGUUGUGCCUUCAGAAAGUCUUCAUACUCCUUGACUUUUUACACAUUUUGUUGUGCCUUCAGAAAGUCUUCAUACUCCUUGACUUUUUACACAUUUUGUUGUGGUGCCUUCAGAAAGUCUUCAUAUUCCUUGACUUUUUAAACAUUUUGUUGUGCCUUCAGAAAGUCUUCAUACUCCUUGACUUUUUAAACAUUUUGUUGUGUCUUCAGAAAGUCUUCAUACUCCUUGACUUUUUACACAUUUUGUUGUGUUACAAAGUGGGAUUCAAAUUCAAAAAAUGUAUGGAAAAUAAAACAUUAAUUUAUCUUGAUUAGCUAAGUAUUCAACCCCCUGAGUCAAUACAUGUUAGCAUCACCUUUGACAGCUGUGUGCAAUAAUAAUAACAUGAUGCAGCCACCACCGAGCGGUACUCAGUGAUGUGUUGUGUUGGAUUUGCCCCAAACAUACAGUAAUGUUUUGUAUUCAGGACAUAAAGGAACAUUUCUUUGCCACAUUUUUUUCACAAUAUUACUUUAGUGCCUUAUUGCAACAGGAUGCAUGAUUUGGACUAUUUUUAUAAUGUACAUGCUUCCUUCUUUCACUGUCCUUUAGCAAUUUAGGUUAGUAUUGUGGAGUAACCACAAUGUUGUUGGUCAAUUUCUCCUAUCACAACCAUUAAACUCUAACUGUUUUAAAGACGCCAUUGGCCUCAUGGUGAAAUCCUUGAGCGUUUUCUUUCCUCUCCGGCAACUGAGUUGAUGCCUGAAUCUUUGUUGUGACUGGGUCUAUUGAUACACCAUCUAAAGUAUCAUUUUUUGUAAAAAUCCAUCUACCAAUAAGUGCCCUUCUUCGCAAACAAUUGGAAAACCUCCCUAGUCUUUGUGGUUGAAUCUGUGCUUAACAUUCACUGCUCGACUAAGGGGCCUUACAGAUAAUUGUAUGUGUGGGGGUACAGAGAUGAGGUAGUCAUUUAAAAGUCAUGUUAAACACUUUUAUUGCACACAGAGUGAGUCCAUGCAACUUAUUGUGUGACUUGUUAAGCAGGUUUAACUCCUGAACUAAUUUACGCUUGCCAUAAUAAAAGGGUUGAAUGCUUUAUUGACUCAAGACAUUUCAGCUUUUAAUUUUUAAUGAAUUUGUAAACAUUUCUAAAAACAUAAUUCCACUUUACGAUUAUGGUGUAUUGUGCGUACAUCAGUGACAAAAAAAAUCUACAUUUAAUCCAUUUUAAAUUCAGGCUGUAACACAACAAAAUGUUGAAAAAGUCAAGGGGUGGGAAUACUUUCUUAAGGCACUGUAUCAUUCAUUUAUAAAUACACAAAUGGAUGUAGGAUCUCAAUUUGAGCCAGUUUGAUACAGCAUGAGAAUAAUACUGCAGCAACAGGAAAUGUGGAUUAUAAUUAACAGACAUUUUUGUUGGGGUUGAUAGAUUUUUCUUAGGGCAAAUCAAGUCUGAUAUUUCUAAGUGGAAAUGACUAACUUUAGAAGCUGUUUUAAAACUGAAGUUUAAAGUAUCCUGCUGUGCAUGAAUAUGCUCACAAAAAAAUGAUCAAAUUAAGAUCCUACAUCUGUAGCAACUGCAGAUUACCCGUAAAUGUAUAAUGCAUGAUCAUGCAUAAUGAAUAAUUAUAGAAGGUAACAACAUAAUAAAGGCAUUCAACUUUUCCCUAACCAAUAAGACAAACUCUGUGAAGUCGCCAGUGUGAAAAUGUACCACAAGAUGGUGCUAUAUCACUAACAAUCACUUGAAGAGUACUGGUAGCCUCAAUCAAUACCAUUUACACUGAACAAAAAUAUAAAUGCAACAUGUAAAGUCCUGGUCCCAUGUUUUAUGAGCUGAAAUUAAAACAUCUCUGACAUUUUCCAUAUGCACAAUAAGCUUAUUUCUCUCAAAUAUUCUGCACAAAUCGGUUUACAUCAAAGUUAGUGAGCAUUUCUCCUUUGCCAAUAUCAUCCAUCCACCUAACAGGUGUGGCAUAUCAAGAAGCUGAUUAAACAGCAUGAUCAUUACACAGGUGCACCUUGUGCUGGGGACAAUAAAAGGCCACUUUAAAAUGUGCAGUUGUGUCACACAAACACAAUGCCACAGUUUCCACUUUAAACAAAUCAAGCUGUAUUUACUUUGUGUUGUACAGAUUCCAAAAAUUGAGAAAUGGCCUUUCAGGGCUCUGAAAGUAUAUCAUACUAAAUAAAAGAUGGCAUUUUGCAGUUGACGCGUAAUGAUGUAAUUGACACUGUAGUGGGUGUUUCGUGCUCUUCUAUAGAUGGGCCUUGUUUCAUUGGAUCAGACGAGUUAAUUUUAAAACAAGUUUAUUAAGACAAAUGUUAUAUUUUGAUUGGCCUAUUGUAGCUCAAUAAGUAUGGGAGACUAGGGAUGGUUGUAACACAGGAUAGUUGUAACACUCAAUAUCUCCAAUCAGGAACAAGCUAGAAUAAUGUGACUCACUGUGCACAUGCUCAGUUUAGUCCUCAACCCUCGAAGCAAGAG